GUUUGACAUUCAUUUGUGUUCAAAUUGUUAACCGGCUGCUGGGUUUUAAUUACAAUUUAGAUAUAAAAUGUCUGCAUUUCAUGGAUUUCCGAACUUGCCCGCGAUAGAUGAAAUCCCUUACUGUAAGCUGAAUGAAGUGUACUGUUGUGGGAACGCGCAAUAUGGGAAUGUCAGCACUUUUACCAAUGCGACGAGAAACCACCCUAAGAUAAACGUGACAAGAGACUUGCUACACCAUAGAGUAACAGAUGAGAACAUUUCGAUGUACGUAGAUGUCGAAGAUAAUUUAUUGAAAAAGAUCACUAGCGUCUGGUACAAACAGGGUUUUAUAGAGGCCCUGAGUGUGGCGGCUGACCCUUCAGUCAACAGAGAAAGCCCAGUGUUGUCUGUAGCUGCAUGUUACAUGUUAAAAGUGGCAAAUAUUUUCACAGCCUUCAAGUAUUUUAUGCAGCCACAUUUGAAGGAUAUUGGGCCGAAGAUCGUUGCGAAUUAUUCGAAUACUAGGAGUUGGAUGAGUGCUCCUAUUAAAUGUUUAGCAUGGCAUCCACAUACAACAAAGAUUGCUAUAGCGACUAAUGACGAUAAUGUGCGAGUGUACUGUAAUGAAGUUCAGUUUGUAUCAAUGUUGAAGUGCAAAGCUCAGGGCCACGUCUCUUCAUUGUGUUGGAGACCAUACUCUGCUUCGGAGAUAGCUGUGGGAUGUGAGCAGGGAGUCAUCGUGUGGUCUGUUGACCCAAACUCAAUGUUCACAAAACCAUCAUCAAGCAAUGCUGUUGUGCUAAAAAGCCCCGGUCACAGCCCAGUCACGGACGUGAGCUGGUCUCCAAAUGGUGACUUGCUGAUCAGCUGCUGUGGUGCCGAUACUUCCAUGCUAGUAUGGGACGUUGCCAUGGAAACCCCUGUGCCAUUGCGAAGAGUUGCCGGUGGAGGCAUCGUGUUUGCUCGGUGGUCACUCGAUGCUGGGAAAGUUUUUGCUGCUACUUCGUCUAUAAUAUUCAGAGUAUGGGACACUAAGACCUGGACGCCGGAGCGCUGGUGUGCGCGAGGAUGCCGCGUGGUGGCGGCUUGCUGGGGCCCCGACGACGUGGUACUCUUUGCAGCCAAGGGAGAGCCCGUCGUCUACUCGCUGGCUAACACUGGCCUUAUGAGUGGCUCCCAGACAACAAAAGCGCAGCCAGUUCUGGAUGUUACCAAGGUGGAGCUUCCAUCAGGCGAUACCAUCGGAGGUCCCAUCCUGGACAUGUGCUGGGACCCCACGGGACGACACUUGGCUCUUCUCUUCGAGGAGUCUCCAAUUAUAGCUGUGUUCUGCACUACACAACUUAUGAUGCAGCUUAAAAUCACCCCUUGCUGCUUCAUAACCGGAACGGAAGAAGAGAUGCCAUCGACCAUGGCGUGGCAACAAAAUUUCACAGAAGGAGCCUGUUUGACCAUCGCCUGGUCUAGUGCGAGAGUACAACAUUUCCCCAUAGUAUACACAGACAUCUACUGAUCAUUUCAACCGUUUCAAAAUAGGCUUUAAGAUUUUGUAUGUAAAAUAUUUUUUUAAGGAAAGAUUGAACAAAAGUGAUGGAAUAAUCAAAA